AUGGAUAGCUCAAGCGACGACCACUCUCAUGACGAGCGCAACUCCGUUAGUGAGUACACCGGCAGUGAAGAUCAGUCCUCCAGUGAGAAACACUCCAUCGACGAACAUCAUUCCGCCGAGGAGGACCAGCCUGUCAAUGACAACAUUCCCAUCGAGGAGGACUGGCCUGUGGAGGAACCACCCAGUGAGCCUCACGUCCAACGUCACUCUUUCUUCCAAAGGCCAGCAGACAUCCUAUUCGGGCCAUUCAGAAAUGCCGUCUCUAACCAUGAGAUCCCCCUCUGGGACACUCUGCCACAACUUACGCGGCCACUCCCUCCACUUCUCCCCUCCGACACCAAAUCGGACGCCACGACGAACGUCGAAAUCCUACUUGAAGAGCUACUAGCGCAAGAGUCUAUAGAAGACGUCGAGGACCUCUGCGAAGAGAACCCCACACUCCGCAAGGUCUUCAAAGACAACAUGGUACAGAUCCUUCGAAAACACAUCGCCCCAGAGGCCUGGUACGAUGCGAUCUGCUGCGUCGAUCGCCGCCUGAAACACCCAGGCAAGACGGCCAGAAGCGCCUUUGACGAAGACUAUGCUAACGGCACCGUGGUGGACUGGCCUCCGCCCCCAGAAAGUAUUCUCGUUAAGAUCAUCGACCAGCUACUCGACAGGGUCUCGCAGGCGCACAAGGUCUACGCCUCCUUUGAAGAGUGGGAAGAGAGCUGGCAGGAUCGCCGCCCAGACGAACUCCCCGACGAACGAUGGGGCCCCGACGUCGCGGUCCUCAAGCCCAAAUUCUCCGCCUUGUGCAGGGACGACGGCACCGAAAACCCCAACAACAUGAUCUACGCCUUUGAACGACACACGGCCCAUAAUGAAGAAAGAGGACCCGUAUCGGAGGGCGUCCUAAUGACUAAGACGAACCGCGCAAAACUCCAGCGCGCCUUCUUCCGCCUCGAGUUCAUCCGGCGAGCGUACUACCAACAGCCCUUCUACCCCCGCGACGCAGAAUGGCAAACCCGCAACGAUACGAUGGUGGAAGGCGUGGUCCGCGGCCCCGCGGGCGAAACCUACGCAGCCCGCCUCGCGCGUGCCGAGAAAAUCUUCAAGCACUGGGCCAGCAAGGACGAGUUUGUCGAGGUCAUUUGCGCCUUCAAAGCCACCCUGAACGAGUACGCCAUCCCCGUGAGCGGUCUCCUCGGAGCGUUUAGUGAUACCAUCGAACGCUACCUCAAGACGGACGGAGUCCGCCGCGCCGAAGCGGCGUGUAGGAAGCGACACCAAGAGACCGUCUGGAACGGCGACGCCGUCGGCCUCCAGUGGGAAUGGAACCCCUACGACCUUCGCGAACCAUUCCUCCCCGCGUGGGAGAUCCCGCACUCGGACGACUUCUUCACCCUCCGCGCGCAGCUGCUCGACGACCGCGCCGAUCUGGGCAGGCAGAUGGACGAGUGUCUCCCCGCGCCCCUCGCGCGCGCCGAGUUCGACGCGCGGCACGCCACGAUAUACCGGUCCGAACGCAUACGCUUCGCGCCGCGGAAUAGGCGUGAGAGAGACGACCCCUCGCUGAGGAAGCCUGCGAUAGAAGCGCAGCCCAUGCACGCCAUGUCGCGAUUCCUGACCGUCAUGUGCAGCCUGCCGUUGUCGUUCAUGGGGGAGUUCCUCGCUAUGGAGUCGUACAAAAAGGCCCGCUUCCUCAAGUCAGCGUACUGGGCCGUCGCCCGCGUCAGGGCCUCGAGGUGUCCGUCGUUUCUGUCAGGCGAGAUGCGCGCCUGGUGCAGUAACCCCAACAUCGUGUACGACAGGGACGGCAAUCCGGUCUUGGGACCGCACCCCCGCUUACUCCCCGAGAUGUCCGUCCGCGCCGCCUCCAUCGCCUGCGUGUCCAAGACGUACGAGUUCAUCGAAAACGAAUGCGUCGGCUGGCGGUUGCCCUCACGCCCGGAGUCACAAGGCGGCUGGUGGAAGUGGAAGUGGGACGACGACCGCCUCCCGGCCAAAGCCUGGACCGAACUGCACUGGGAAAUGUCGCCCUUUACGACCAAGAUCAAUAAGGUCUUCCGCAUGGACGACGUCCAGUGGGCGCAGAUCUGGCGUUCGAAUCGCGAGUUUGAGCGGCAGGUCUGGACAGGGCGGAUGAUGGACCGGGAGGUGUGGGAAGGGUACGGGGACCCCGGCCGUGUGGAUGGGAACGAUUGUUAUUGUCGCUGGGGGUCCGGUGGGUGCGGCAUCUGUGUGCCGCUGCCCGAGGCUGAGUUGCCCGAGUGGGAGCUGAUGACGCCGGCUGAGGUCCUGGAAGAAUCUCACGUUUCGAGGUUUAUGCGGCAGCCUUGGAGUAAGCUCCCCGAUCUAGAGCCAGCUGUGAAAGAGGUCUUUGGGAGAAGCCUUUAUCGUGUUGGAUAUGGGGAGGCUACCUAG